UGUACUAGUAAUGAUGUCCUGUGAGAAAGGUUACAGUGACAAUAUGGUGUCUCUACGAAGAGAUGUGAUAGGAAAGGUAAUGAGUGUCUAUAAAGAAUCUUGUCCCAGUCUAGAGGUAAAAGAGUUAGUUAUUGAUCCUAAAGAACUAGCCUAUCCUGUGAAUACACCAAGAGAAAGGACAGUGUAUAGUGUAAAAGAUGUGAUAGCAGCAAUAAAGGAAGGAAGACCAUUUUUUGUCAAUAAUAAAGGGCAAACAGAAUUAAAGGAGAUCCUACCUGAUGAAUCAUUAUCAGAUAUUAGUAACCUGUCACUAUUAGGAGGACAUGUUAUUAAAGAAGUGAUUGAAGUAACUGCAGAAUUCAAGACACCAUUGACUCCAAUAAAGCUAGAUGAUAAAGAUCUUGAUACCGUAAUUGAAGAGCUAACAAUACUCAAUCAAUUAGAUUGUACUAAAUGGUAUCAGUUUGGACUUUAUUUAGGAUUAUAUGAUCUUAGACUAAAGGCUAUAGAUACUGACUAUAGAGGAAAGACAGUGGAGUGUUUCCGUGAGUGUAUGUCUGCCUGGUUAAGAGGAGAAGAUAAAGUGAGAGAGAAAGGAGGUCCCAGUUGGUCAUCAUUAGCUACAGCACUGGAUACAAUAGAAGAAAAAUGUAUUGCUAGUUACAUUAGAAAUAAACAUUGUCCAUCAAAAUAGUUAAUUGCCUAGUUCUUUUGUUUAUUGAAAUGUUUAUUUUCUUUUAUCACUUAUUUUGUUAAGAUGGCUGCUUAUAGUUUCUUACU